CAUCCCCUGACAUUCCAGGAUGGGAAAGGAGAAAGUCCCAUCAACAUUGUGGUGAUUGGUCAUGUGGACUCAGGGAAGUCCACCACCACUGGACACCUCAUCUACAAGUGUGGGGGCAUCGACAAGAGGACCACUGAGAAGUUUGAGAAAGAGACUGCAGAGGUGAGGCCUGUGUGGAUUAGUAUCUCUGCAUAAUCAGUGCUUGACAGCUCUGCUAAACCACACAAUGAGGAGGAAGCCUGUCCAUCUAUGCUUCACUGUUAUUAUAACAAGGGGUUGUCCCGAUCAACUCUAAGUGCUGAUAUUGUGAAGUGGAAACGUCUAGGAGCAACAACUGCUCAGUCGCGAAGUGGUAGGCCUCACAAGCUCACAGAACUGGACCGCCGAGUGCUGAAGUGCGUAGCGCGUAAAAAUCGUCUGUCCUCAGUUGCAACACUGCCUCUGGAAGCAACGUCAGCACAAGAACUGUUUGUCAGGAGCUUCAUGAAAUGGGUUUCCACGGUCGAGCAGCCGCACACAAGCCUAAGAUCACCAUGCGCAAUGCUAAGCGUCGGCUGGAGUGGUGUAAAGCUCACCGCCAUUGGACUCUGGAGCAGUGGAAACGCGUUCUCUGGAGUGAUGAAUCAUGCUUCACCAUCUGGCAGUCCGACGGACGAAUCUGGGUUUGGCGGAUGCCAGGAGAACGCGACCUGUCCGAAUGCAUAGUGCCAAGUAAAGUUUGGUGGAGGAGGAACAAUGGUCUGGGGCUGUUUUUCAUGGUUCGGGCUAGGCCCCUUAGUUCCAGUGAAGGGAAAUCUUAACGCUACAGCAUACAAUGACAUUCUAGACGAUUUUGUGCUUCCAACUUUGUGGCAACUGUUUGGGAAAGACCCAUUCCUGUUUCAGCAUGACAAUGCCCCCGUGCACAAAGCGAGAUCCAUAUCGAAAAAUGGUUUGUUGAGAUUGGCGUGGAAGAACUUGACUGACCUGCACAGAGCCCUGACCUCAACCCCAUCGAACACCUUUGGGAUGAAUUGGAACACUGAAUACGAGCCAGGCCUAAUCGCCCAAAAACAGUGCCUGACCUCACUAAUGCUUGUGGCUGAAUGGAAGCAAGUCCCCGCAGCAAUGUUCCAACAUCUAGUGGAAAGCCUUCCCUGAAGAAUGGAGGCUGUUAUAGUAGCAAACGGGGGACCAACUCCAUAUUAAUACACAUAAUUUUGGAAUGAGAUGUUGACGAGCAGGUGUCCACAUACUUUUGGUAAUGUAUUGUAGACUGAUUAGGUGAAUCCAGGUAAAAGCUAUGGUUCUUUAUUGAUGUCACCUGUUCAAUCCACUUCAAUCAGUGUAGAUGAUGGGGAGGAGACAGGUUAAAGAAGGAUUUUUAAGCCUUGAGACAGUUGAGACAUGGAUUGUGUAUGUGUGCCAUUCAGAGGGUGAAUGGGCAAGACAAAAUAUUUAAGUGCCUUUGAACAUGGUACGGUAGUAGGUGCCAGGCGCACCGGUUUGAGUGUGUCAAGAACUGCAACGCUGCUGGGUUUUUCACACUCAACAGUUUCCCGUGUGUAUCAUGAAUGGUCCACCACCCAAAGGCCAUCCAGCCAACUUGACACAAGUUGGAAUCAUUGGAGUCAAGAUGUGGAACGCUUCCAACACCUUUUAGAGUUAAUGCUGCGAUGAAUUGAGGCUUUUCUGAGGGCAACAGGGGGUGCAACUCAAUAUUAGGAAGGUUGUUCCUAAUGUUUUGUACACUCAGUGGAUUACAUUACUAUCAUUGACGCCCCAGGGCACAGAGACUUCAUCAACAACAUGAUCACAGGAACCUCCCAGGUAAGGAGGUUAAAACCUUCACCUUAAUGUUACCAUUCCUCAUCCUCACCCUAACCAUUCUUCUAAACCCAAACUCAUUGAUGUCACUGAGCCUGAAUAAUCCCCAUGCCUGCAGUGUUGUACAGGCGCACUGUGCCGUGCUGAUCAUGGGGCAGCUGGAGUGGGAGAGUUUGAAGCGGGCAUCUCCAAGAACGGUCAGACGAGGGAGCAUGCCCUCCUGUCCUACACUCUGGGGGUCAAGCAGCUCAUUGUAGGGCUCAACAAGAUGGACUCCACAGAGCCGCUCUAGAGUGAGAAGCGCUAUGAUGAGAUAGUAAAGGAAGUCAGUGCCUACAUCAAGAAGAUUGGCUACAACCCCAAUGCUGUGCCCUUUAUGCCAAUCUCCGGUUGGCAUGAGGACAACAUGCUGGAGCCCUCCCCAAAUGUGAGUAUUGUCUAUAGGCCUGAAUUACAUCACAUUGUGUUAACUAUUUUAUUUAGCAUUAAAACAUUGGUUGUCCUGAACUCCCGGUCUAUUCUCAAAGCUAUAGUCCCUAGACAGUAUGUAGUUCCUCAAUGCUCCACAAGAUGGCCUCCUGCCCAUAUAAAAUGCAUUUUCCUGUUGCUCAAUCAACUGAUACACCAACUUCCAAACAAAUUCAUCACACAGAAAUCUAUGUUGUUACUCUGUGUUGUCACUCUGUCCAGAUGCCUUGGUUCAAAAGCUGGACGCUGGACAGGAAGGAGCACCAUGCCAACGGGGUGAGUCUCCUGGAGGCUCUAGACACCGUCAUGCCUCCGACACGGCCCACAGACAAAACCCUCCGCCUGCCCCUGCAAGACGUCUACAAGAUACGAGGUAGAGUUGCUACUCUAACACUAAACAGAAGUAAUAGGUUACUCUCGCAGGGAUGGGCAACUGGCGGGUCACAUGCAGCCCGUGGCCCUCCUGUUGUACGCCCCCGGAAAUAAAUAUACAGUGAAGGAAAAAAGUAUUUGAUCCCCUGCUGAUUUUGUACGUUUGCCCACUGACAAAGAAAUUACCAGUCUAUAAUUUUAAUGGUAGGUUUAUUUGAACAGUGAGAGACAGAAUAACAACAAAAAAAUCCAGGAAAACGCAUGUCAAAAAUGUUAUGAAUUGAUUUGCAUUUUAAUGAGGGAAAUAAGUAUUUGACCCCCUCUCAAUUAGAAAGAUUUCUGGCUCCCAGGUCCCAGACUAAAGAGCUCUCCAAGGAUGUCAGGGACAAGAUUGUACACCUACACAAGGCUGGAAUGGGCUACAAGACCAUUGCCAAGCAGCUUGGUGAGAAGGUGACAACAGUUGGUGCGAUUAUUCGCAAAUGGAAGAAACACAAAAGCACUGUCAAUCUCCCUCGGCCUGGGGCUCCAUGCAAGAUCUCACCUCGUGGAGUUGCAAUGAUCAUGAGAACGGUGAGGAAUCAGCCCAGAACUACAUGGGAGGAUCUUGUCAAUGAUCUCAAGGCAGCUGGGACCAUAGUCAUCAAAAAAACAAUUGGUAACACACUACGCCGUGAAGGACUGAAAUCCUGCAGCGCCCGCAAGGUCCCCCUGUUCAAGAAAGCACAUAUACAGGGCCGUCUGAAGUUUACCAAUGAACAUCUGACUGAUUCAGAGGAGAACUGGGUGAAAGUGUUGUGGUCAGAUGAGACCAAAAUGGAGCUCUUUGGCAUCAACUCAACUCGCCGUGUUUGGAGGAGGAGGAAUGCUGCCUAUGACCCCAAGAACACCAUCCCCACCGUCAAACAUGGAGGUGGAAACAUUAUGCUUUGGGGGUGUUUUUCUGCUAAGGGGACAGGACAACUUCACUGCAUCAAAGGGACGAUGGACGGGGCCAUGUACCGUCAAAUCUUGGGUGAGAACCUCCUUCCCUCAGCCAGGGCAUUGAAAAUGGGUCGUGGAUGGGUAUUCCAGCAUGACAAUGACCCAAAACACACGGCCAAGGCAACAAAGGAGUGGCUCAAGAAGAAGCAUAUUAAGGUCCCGGAGUGGCCUAGCCAGUCUCCAGACCAUAAUCCCAUAGAAAAUCUGUGGAGGGAGCUGAAGGUUCUAGUUGCCAAACGUCAGCCUCGAAACCUUAAUGACUUGGAGAAGAUCUGCAAAAAGGAGUGGAACAAAAUCCCUCCUGAGAUGUGUGCAAACCUGGUGGCCAACUACAAGAAACAUCUGACCUCUGUGAUUGCCAACAAGGGUUUUGCCACCAAGUACUAAGUCAUGUUUUCAGAGGGGUCAAAUACUUAUUUCCCUCAUUAAAAUGCAAAUCAAUUUAUAACAUUUUUGACAUGCGUUUUUCUGGAUUUUUUGUUGUUAUUCUGUCUCUCACUGUUCAAAUAAACCUACCAUUAAAAUUAUAGACUGAUCAUGUCUUUGUCAGUGGGCAAACGUACAAAAUCAGCAGGGGGUCAAAUACUUUUUUCCCUCACUGUAUAUAUACUGAGUGUACAAAACAUUAAGAACACUUCCUAAUAUUGAUUUGCACCCACCCCCCUUCACUUUUUCCACAUUUUGUUAUGUUACAGCCUUAUUCUAAAAUAGAUUAAAUCGUUUUUCCCCCUCAUCAAUCUACACACAAUACCCCAUAAUGACAAAGCAAAAACAGGUUUUUAGACAUAUGACAUUUACAUAAGUAUUCAGACCCUUUAUUCAGUACUUUGUUGAAGCACCUUUGGCAGCGAUUACAACCUUGAGUCUUCUUGGAUAUGACGCUACAAGAUUGGCACACCUGUAUUUGGGGAGUUUCUCCCAUUCUUCUCUGCAGAUCCUCUCAAUCUCUGUCAGGUUGGAUGGGGAGCGUCGCGGCACAGCUAUUUUUAGGUCUCUCCAGAGGUGAUAUAUCGGGUUCAAGUCCGGGCUCUGGCUGUGUCACUCAAGGACAUUCAGAGACUUGAGCUGAAGCCACUCAUGCGUUGUCUUAGCUGUGUGCUUAAGGUCGUUGUCCUGAUGGAAGGUGAACCGUCGUCCCAGUCUGAGGUCCUUAGGGCUCUGGAGCCGGUUUUCAUCAAGGAUCUCUCUGUACUUUUCUCUGUUAAUCUUUGUCUCAAUCCUGACUAGUCUCCCAGUCCCUGCCGCUGAAAAACAUCCCCAAAGCAUGAUGCUGCCACUACCAUGCUUCACCGUAAGGAUGGUGCCAAAUUUCCUCCAGACGCCACGAUUGCAUUCAGGCCAAAGAGUUCAAUCUUGGUUUCAUCAGACCCUGAUCAUUUUGUUUCUCAUGGUCUGAGAGUCCUUUAGGUGCCUUUUGGCAAACUCCAAGUGGGCUGUCAUGUGCCUUUUACUGAGGAGUGGCUUCCGUCUGGCCACUCUACUAUAAAGGCCUGAUUGGUGGAGUGCUGCAGAGAUGGUUGUCCUUCUGGAAGGUUCUCCCAUCUCCACAGACGAACUCUGGAGCUCUGUCAGAGUGACCAUCGGGUUCUUGGUCACCUCCCUGACCAAGGCCCUUCUCCCCCUAUUGCUCAAUUUGGCCAGGCAGCCAGCUCUAGGAAGAGUCUUGUUGGUUCCAAACUUCUUUCAUUUAAGAAUGAUGGAGGCCACUGUGUUCUUGGGGACCUUCAAUGCUGCAGACAUUUUUUGGGACCCUUCCCCAGAUCUGUGCCUCGACACAAUCCUGUCUCGGAGCUCUACAGACAAUUUCUUCAACAUCAUGGCUUGGUUUUUGCUCUGACAUGCAACUGUGGGGCCUUAUAUAGACAGGUGUGUGCCAUUCCAAAUCAUGUCCAAUCAAUUUAAUUUACUACAGGUGGACUCCAAUCAAGUUGUAGAAACAUCUCAAGGAUGAUCAAUGGAAACAGGAUGCACCUGAGCUCGGUUUCGAGUCUCAUAGCAAAGUGUCUGAAUACUUUUGUAAAUAAGGUAUUUCUGUUUUUUAUUUUUAAUAAAUCUGCUCAAAUGUCUAAAAACCUGUUUUCGCUUUGACAUUAUGGGGUAUUGUGUGUAGAUUGAUGAGGGACAUUUUUUAUUUAAUCCAUUUUAGAAUAAGGCUGUAACGUAACAAAAUGUGGAAAAAGUCAAGGGGUCUGAAUACUUUCCGAAUGCACUGUAUCUGUGAAGGACAUCCGCAGAGGGAACAUGUGUGGGGACAGCAAGUCUGACCCGCCCCAAGAGGCCACUGGGUUCACAGGUCAGGGUCAAAGGUCAUCCCUCUGGACAUCUCAGACACAUGCAGUACUAAAGCCUGGUAUAAAUAUUUCAUUGACCUAUUUACAUGAAUUAAUUUGUUCUCUCUGUCUCUCCCUCUCUCAGGUGAUUAUCCUGAGCCACCCAGUGCAGGCUAUUCCCCGGUCAUUGACUGCCACACGAUCGCCUGUAAGUUCGCUGAGCUCAGAGAGAAGAUAAUCCGCCGCUCUGUGAAAAAGAUGGAAGACAACCCCAAGGCCCUGAUGUCUGGGGAUGCUGUCAUUGUA